UUGUGUUAGAGUGCGGCACUGAUCAGUACCACAUCGACAUGCCAAAACCAUGCGGCAUUGCCUCGGCACUUCUCUUAUGAGAAGGAAAAAAUGAAGUCAGAAAGACAUUCGAAAUAUUAGAAGUAGAUCGUAGCGUUAAUAUAGAUAGAAAUUGACAAAACAAAAUGGUGAUUGAAAAUAAAACUUCGGCACUGGUGCGCAUCGGUGCGAGAUUUUUACAUUCUUUCUGGCACCGAUGCGCAUCGGUGCCCAGAAAAAAUAAUUAUUCGGCACCGGUGCGCACCCGUGCACAACCAGUGCCAAUAAAAUAUUUUUUUGUAGGGAAUCGAUUACAAAUAAAAUCGGCAUUAGCGCCACAUGCCAUCAUUCCAAAAUUAACGUCUUUGGGGAUUAACCAAGAUUUUGUGAUAACCAGUUAGCUAUUUCUCGUUUGUUGUUUUACUGUGCUCUUAGAAAUAAAGUCAAAAAUUUUUUUGAUUUAGAUUUUUGUUUAAAAUUAAAGUUGUCUGUUUUUCUGAUAAAUGCACUAAUAUUGCAAUCCGUUGACGGAGACGAUGGCCCCUGGAAAAAUCUUUGAAUAAUUAUAUUUCGCAGCAGUGUAUUUUCGUAAAAUUCGGAAUAAAAAGGUGCAGUUCUUGGCUGGUACGCUCCUACAUGUUAUGUAUCAUCUAAAAAGUUUCUUGAUCCACCCAUGUUAUAAGUGUUAAUAGAACGCAUAUUACUCUUUAAAUUUGACUUAUUUUUGAAACUUGUUUUCAAUAGAACACCUCCAUUGAUCUCGUUCUCCAAAUCAAUUCUUUGCACCUGACAUUUCUUUUGCUCUCGUUUUUUGUCUCGUUUGAUUCUAUAUAUUAGCUCUGUUUAUCUACUAUAUCUUCCAACUCUAACAUUAAAUAGUGGAUUAGCCCGAUUUACUGUAAAAAUAAAGAAGUUUAGAUUAAAACUCUUCUUAUUUAGUAUAUAAUUUGUUCUAGUUUUCCUUUAUUUGCUGUAAUUAUAAUAGGAUCUUUUAGCGUGUCGAUAUUUAGUAUGUGCUAGUCGCUUUUUUCCCAUUUCAUCACAUGAUCCCUGUAAAAUGUUUCAUCGCAUAUGUUUUUCCAUCUAAGCUCAUUUUUCUGUAAAAAAUAAGUUGAGUUUGUACUGUUUUUUCUGAUUUAUAAUACAAGGAUAUCAUAUUUUGACUGCGAUAUUCCUCAGUGGCGGAAAAUUUGUAUGGGAUCUGAUGCAUUGGACAACAAUGAAAAAUGUCAUUCUUUCAUUCUGUGGAAAAGCUAGGAUGAUGUGACAAAUAUGAAUAAAUUGUAUUUUAUACUUUAGAUGAAUCGAUUAUGAAUAUUAUAUGACUAAGAUGAAUUGGAGAGAAAAAUACGUUGAUUCUCAAAUAUUGGCAAAGAUCAAUGAUAACGCUUCAUUUGAUCGAGAAGUUAGUAUUUUUGGACGUUUUGGAUUUUGUAAUCUUUGAUAGAGUCUCGUCCCAAAGAAAGAAAAUUUAUUCGUUACUUCUUUUCUUUUAAGCGUAUUCGUCCCAUUGUUGGUAUGAUAAAAAAUGAUCUUAUUGAACAAGAACUAAAAAAGUAUUCAAACCGAACACUUUUAUCCCGCUGUUGUCAAACUUGUACACCGAAAAGUUUUACUAAUUACAAAUGGAUUGAUUCAUUUAUUUGCGAUGACAAAGAUCUAUUUCAAUUUUACGUGGCUGGGAAACUUGUGAGUCCAUUGUUCUAUUUUUGGCGAAAGGAUUUAUCAGCAGUAUUAGAUUAUAAACAAGAAAAUAUGACACUUACUAGUCAGAUUAGAGAAUACAAGAAGAACACUCAGAGAAAAGAUAUAUCAACGUUUACAGCAAUCAUAAAUGCCGAUGAACCGAGAGCAUCAUCUCAUUGGAAUAUACAAUCGGUAUUUCCACAAGUUAUUUUUCAUUUAUACGAAAAGUUAUUAUUGUAUUAUUCUUAUCGAAAAGCGUAUUCUCAGUUAAAAUCUGUUAAUAUCAAUACGCAAGAAAUGAAAUCGUUAAAGUUAUUGUUUAAAUCAAACAUGUCGUGUAUAUUUUUAUGUUUUACAAAUGACAUUAAAACAAUGUUUUGGACAUUUCGUCAUAUGAUGACGGUUUUUAAUUGGCCAUUAAGAACAAAGUUUUUUUCGUCAUCUCCUCUAAAUACAAAAAGUUUAUUUGAAAAUUAUUUGGCAAAAAAACUCGGAUUUAUUGAUCUUAGUCAAUAUUUCCCUCAUCGAAGCAAUAGUGUAGAAUCAAAAGCAAUAUUUCAAAAUGUCACGAGUGAGAAAGUGUUUGACGAUCUCCGUGAGACAAUAGAAUCAUGCCCAUUUGUCGUAGCAGAUGUUGAUAUGGAUUGGAAUUCUAUUACAAUUGUAGAUAUUGCACAACUUCUAACCAAUUUCAAUAUCAACGAUUCGCAGAUGUUGGUAUACACUGAACAAAUGCGACAGCAAUUUUUCCUCGAAAUUUUAGCAGCUUUAACGAUUUGUUUAAGUGUAUAUAAUAAAAAAAAUAUACCAAGAUAUGAUGAUAGCAAUGAUAUCAAAACUGAAAGUGAAUUUUAUGUUGAAGAACAAGAAAUGUUCAAAAAAAUGGAAUUUCUCAUUGUUACAUUUCGUAGACAAUAUUUGAUAACACGUCCUUGUCAAACUAUACAUGAUAUUGUUCAGCAGGGAAUUAAUCAAUGUUUAAAUCGAAAUUAUCUUGUUAUUAAUUUCAUUCCAGAAACUUCUUUGGCUGAUUUUGAUACUAUUCAUUCAGAUACUGAUGAUGAUGACGAUUUAAAUGAUUAUACUCUAAAUGAUAGCCAUAAUAAAAGUGAAACUUUACAAAAAAGGGUUUUUCGUACACAUUUUCAAGAAUAUCGUUGCCAAUUAGUAUUUUUUUCGAGUCAUUGGUGUUGUGCAGUUAUUCCACCAUCGAAACCCAUUUUUUCCUCUGAUGGUCAUCUGUUACACUAUCAAGAACAACCUUGCCCAGAUACCCAUGUUGUGUGUUGUAAAGGUUACAUUAAUAUUCAAGGUCAGUGUUUUUCGUUUAAUGAAGUCAGCGAUAUUUUGCCCGCUUGGGAGUCAUUGUUUGCUGUUUUCGGAAAUCAAAUGACAAUGGAACAAAUAUUGAAUGCAGUUCAUUCGAUUGGCUAA